CUGAACCGAUCCGAACAAAGAUAUUUGAGUUAUUGGCGAAAAUGUGUGCAACCGAUUUGGCGCAAGAAGAAGCAAGCGACAAUUUCUAGCCAUCCAACGGACGGCAAGCUCAGUCUUGUACGAACCGUCGACGGGAGCACAUAUCGGUGAACCUAAAUAAUUCCGGAAAAACUCAAAGAAAAUCCAUCAAAUAUGUCGGCUGCUACGGAACAACAGAACAACGGCGAUGUGGCCGUGGAGAAGGUGGCGGCGGAUGAUGUGUCUGCUGUCAAGGACGAUCUCAAGGCGAAGGCGGCCGCUGAGGAUAAGGCCGCUGCUGCCGAUGCCGCCGGCGACGCGGCCGACAACGGCACGUCAAAGGACGGCGAGGAUGCCGCCGAUGCCGCCGCCGCUGCCCCCGCAAAGGAAUCCGUGAAAGGCACCAAAAGGCCAGCAGAAGCCAAAUCCGCAGAAUCAAAGAAGGCCAAGAAGGCAGCGGCCGCCGAUGGAGAUUCCGAUGAGGAAGAGGCUCUGGAGGAAAUCAUCGAGGGCGACAGUGAAAUCGAGAGCGACGAGUACGACAUCCCCUACGAUGGUGAGGAGGAUGACAUUGAAUGUGAUGAUGAUGAUGAUGAUAAUGAUGACGGUUCCGGCUCGGACGAUCAGGCGUAAUAAUAAUGUAGUCAAAAAUACAAACAAAAACAAACAAAAAUUUAAAUUAAUAAUAAAUAAAAGUUACAAGCAAAAACAAAACAAAAAAAUAUAAUAAUAAACCAACAACCAGAAAAUAAACCACAACAAGGAGAAGGAGGAGGAGAAAAAACCACAAAAAAAUCGCAAAAGUAUAUAAUUUUUAUGUUUAAGAAAUAAUUUUUUAUUUCUUACCUUAUUUUAAUUGUAUUUUAUGUGUACUUUUUUUAUAAAAAACUACAAAACAAACAAAAAUUGUAAUUGAAGGCAUUUUCGUAUAAACGCAACCUAUACGGAAUCCAACAAAAAGUAAACAUCCCCACUAUAUACAAGAACAAAACAAAAAACCAAAA